AUGAUCCACCUGAAAAAAUCAGCAAUUGAGCUGAAGGAUGGUUCGAGUAGUGGUGGAAAUCGUCACAAAUACAAGCAUUUCUGUGUGAAAACGAGAGAAGAAGCAGACAAACGAACAUCAGUGCGUAUGGGACUGGUCUACACAAUAGAAGCAAUUUCUCCGACAUCAUCGGAUGCGCGAAUCCCGGUAGUUCUGAUUCACGGUUUCGCUGGCGGUGUAGGGCUUUGGGCAGCUAAUAUUGAUGCCGUUGCAAAGCGACGCAUUGCCUACUGCUUUGAUUUACUUGGUGAUUUUUGCACUGCUGCUACCAGUGCUUAA